AUGAUCAGUAGCAGCAGGCUGUGGAUGCAGUUGGCGGGCUCGUGCAUCGUCCUUGCGCUGUACCACGUGGUGAGCAUCGGCUGCAACAGCAGUGACGAGGAAGAGCAGCCUACUACGAUCGCGACUUUGGACGGCGAGGAGGACGAGGAAAGUGGACGUGCCAUUGCGGAUUACUACGCGCAAAUGUGGUACCGUACAUGGCAGUUUCCACUGAUCACGACAAUGAGCUACACCACGAUGCUGGCAUUUCUGUUCUUUUCCUUUGGUACGAGUGCACUGCAAGGGCUUGGGUACUACAAAUCGGCUCCGGAGAACGAACAACCGAUAGUAAUUGAUGGGCACAUCGAGAGCUAUGGCAAUCCCUUCAACAAAUUUUGGGGAUAAACUGGAGGUUUUAG